AGGGGGAGGAAGGUGAGGAGGGUGUCGUUGUAUUUGAACUCUGGUAAACUCACCGCAUCAGUGAAGGUUUUUUUUCUCUUCUUCCUUGGUGUGACAACACGGGGGCGUUCAACGAAUUACUCCAUCACUGGCUGUCUCCAAAAAGGCCUACCUCUUUUCUCAUUGGACUGUCCAAGUCGUCAGCCCAUGUGGCGUGGCCAGACAGUGUGAGACAUUUAAAUUCAUCGGAGGAAAACACACACACACACACACACACACACACUGGUUCACAGGAGCUCGGGGCUAACGUCAACGCAAAAGACGACAGAGAGAACAGAGGCUGCCCUUAUUUUUUUCCUUCCCCUGCGGUACAAGUAAGAGGAACAUCACCGCGUACGGUCGCAACCUAGCUUAACGGAAAUAACGAGGGAGAAAGACGUGGCUUUCACUUCAACCUGUCGUGACUUAGCAGGGAAAUCACGUAGCGUGGGAACAAAACCGUGAAUCAGCAUGGAUGAGAUAGUUGUAGCAGGCAUAUCAGGCCGUUUGCCUGAGUCCAACAAUCUGGAGGAAUUCUGGGAAAACCUUAUCAAUGGCGUAGACAUGGUGACAGAGGAUGAUCGGCGGUGGACACCAGGUUUAUACGGUCUUCCAAAGAGGAACGGUAAACUGAAAGACAUCAGCCACUUUGACGCAGCCUUCUUUGGAGUCCAUCCAAAACAAGCCAACACUAUGGACCCACAGCUCCGUCUCAUGCUGGAGAUUGCCUAUGAAGCUAUUGUAGAUGGAGGACUGAAUCCGGCCUCCCUACGUGGCAGCAAGACGGGCGUUUACAUUGGGGUGAGUGGUUCAGAGGCUGGUGAGGCCUUUAGUAGAGAUCCAGAGGAGCUGCUGGGUUACAGCAUGACAGGCUGCCAACGCGCCAUGUUGGCCAACAGACUAUCGUACUUCUUUGACUUUAACGGUCCCAGCACUGCCAUCGACACAGCCUGCUCCUCCGGCUUGCUGGCUUUAGAGAACGCAUUCCACGCUAUACGCCAGGGCCAGUGUGAUGCUGCCCUUGUGGGGGGAGUUAAUUUGCUGCUCAAGCCAAACACCUCAGUGCAGUUCAUGAAACUGGGCAUGCUCAGUCCGGAGGGAACCUGCAAGUCUUUUGAUUCAUCAGGUAAUGGAUACUGUCGUUCAGAGGCAGCAGUGGCAGUGCUGUUGACCAAACGAUCGGCCGCUAAAAGAAUCUAUGCCACAGUGGUGAAUGCGGGCAACAACACAGAUGGAUUCAAAGAGCAAGGUGUAACAUUUCCUUCCGGUGAGAUGCAGCGGAGGCUGGUUUGCUCCCUCUACCAGGAGGCAAAUAUAACUCCUGAACAGGUUGAGUACGUCGAAGCCCACGGCACGGGAACAAAGGUUGGGGACCCACAGGAAGUGAAUGGCAUUGUUGGUGUGUUCUGUCAGUCAAAACGAGAGCCUCUGCUUAUUGGCUCCACCAAAUCCAACAUGGGCCACCCUGAACCAGCAUCAGGCCUGGCAGCCCUUACAAAAGUGUUGCUUUCUUUGGAGCGAGGAGUCUGGGCUCCCAACCUGCACUUCAACAGUCCUAACCCUGACAUUCCAGCACUCACUGACGGUCGUGUUCAAGUUGUUGACAGGCCUAUUCCUGUCCGAGGCGGCAUCGUAGGGGUCAACUCAUUUGGAUUCGGUGGCUCGAAUGUUCACGUGAUUCUUCGUCCCGUUGAGAAACAAGCCAAUGCAGCAGCUCCACCCAGAAAGAUUCCCAGGUUGCUGAAUAACUGUGGUCGCACAGAGGCUGCAGUAAAGACAAUGCUCUCAAAGGGGCGGGAACACGCAUCGGAUGACAGCUUCUUGUCUUUGCUGAAUGAGAUCUCUGGAGCUCCCACUUCCAGCAUGCCCUACCGAGGCUUCACGCUGAUUGGCUCUCAGAAUGAUGUCAUGGAAGUGCAGCCGGUGCAGGCAGCAACCAGGCCUCUCUGGUAUGUCUGUACAGGUAUGGGAGCACAGUGGGCCGGUAUGGGCCGCAGUCUCAUGCAGCUGGACAUCUUUAGAGAAUCCAUCCUGCGGUCGGACAUGGCCCUGAAGGACACUGGCCUGGUUGUGUCUCGUCUCCUCAUGGAGGCUGAUGAUGCCACUUUUGAAGAGACUGUUCAUGCCUUCGUCGGCAUCGCUGCCAUACAGAUUGCUCUGAUUGACGUCCUCAACAAGUUGGGUCUGCAGCCUGAUGGCAUCAUAGGACACUCGGUGGGAGAGCUGGCCUGUAGCUACGCUGACGGCUCGCUCAGCCAGACUGAGGCUGUCCUGGCCGCUUACUGGAGAGGCCGCUGCAUCAAGGAGGCCAGCCUUCCUCCAGGAGGCAUGGCUGCUGUCGGUCUGACCUGGGAGGAGUGUUUGGUCAAGUGUCCUCAGGGAGUCGUUCCUGCUUGCCACAAUGCUGAGAGUACUGUCACCAUCUCUGGUCCUCAGGAAGACAUACGUGCAUUUGUGUCCGAGUUGAAAGAACAGGGAGUAUUUGCAAGAGAGGUGCGCACUUCUGGUGUCGCAUUCCACUCCUACUACAUGGCGUCAAUCGCUCCUACCCUUCUAGCUGCUCUAAAGAAGGUGAUUCUGAAACCUCAACAGCGUUCACCCCGCUGGGUGAGCACCAGCAUCCCUGAGGCUCAGUGGGCCUCUCCUCUGGCUCAGUACAGCUCAGCUGAGUACCAUGUCAACAACCUGGUGAGCCCUGUGCUGUUUAAGGAAGGUCUCAGCCAAGUUCCAGAAAACGCCGUGGUGGUGGAGAUAGCACCCAACGCUCUGCUGCAGUCCGUCCUGAAGCGCAGCCUGAAGUCUACGUGUGCCAUCCUACCUUUGAUGAAAGUAGGCAUUGCCAACAACCUUGAGUUCUGCCUCUCCAACAUCGGCAAAAUCUACAUGAAUGGCAUCAACAUGGAUAUAAACGCUCUCAGUCCAGCUGUUACGUACCCAGUGCCUGUUGGUACUCCUUUGAUCUCCCCUUUGGUCUGCUGGGAUCAUGCCCAGACCUGGGAUGUCCCCAAGGUUGAGGAUUUUCCCUCUGGCUCAGGAGGAUCCAGUUCUGCCACUGUCUACAACAUCGACAUAAACCCAGAGUCUCCAGACUAUUACCUGAUUGGACACUGCAUUGACGGGCGCGUCCUCUACCCGGCAACGGGUUAUCUGUUCUUGGCCUGGCGGACGUUUGUGAGAAGUCUUGGAGCUGUCAUGGAAAACACUCCUGUCACCUUUGAGGACGUCACCAUCCACAGAGCCACGAUUCUGCCAAAGACAGGCUCAGUCCAGUUGGAAGUGCAUCUCAUGCCUGCAACCAACAGGUUUGAGGUUUCUGAGAAUGGAAACCUGUCUGUCAGUGGUAAGGUGAGCCUUCUUGAGGAUGCAGCCCUGGAUUCCUUCCAUAGCCAGAUAGGUCAGCAAGUUUCCAACGACAGUGACCCCAAAAUGAAGCUUACAACACACGAUAUCUACAAAGAGCUGCGACUGCGCGGCUAUGACUAUGGGAAAACCUUCCAAGGGAUUCUUGAGUCCAACAAUGCAGGUGACAGUGGGAAGCUGCAGUGGACAGGAAACUGGGUGACUUUCCUGGACACCAUGCUGCAGAUGAUCGUGGUUGGCCUGUCGGGUCGCAGUCUGCGUUUGCCGACCAGAAUCCGCUCGGUGUGCAUCGAUCCAGCAAUUCAUGUGGAGAAGAUCUGCGAGUAUGUGGAGGAAAAGCAAGCUGUGGAUGUCCAUGUGGACCGUUGCCUUGACAACAUUGUCGCGGGUGGAGUCCAGAUCUGUGGUCUGCACGCCACCGUUGCCCCACGUCGGCAGCAUCAGCAGAGUCCCCCCACUCUGGAGGAAUUUGUGUUUGUUCCCUAUGUGGAGACAGAUUGCUUGACUGCCAAUGAGAAACUUGUGGAGCACCUCAGGCUCUGCAAAGGUUUCAUUCACAGACUGCAGCAAAAGUUGGCCCCUCAUGGCAUCAAGCUCGCCAUCCCUGGGCUACAAGGGGAAUCGAACAACUCAAUUCCCAUUCAGGAGCCCUCCGAGCCCAGCCUGGUGAGGCUGCUGUCCCUGCUCUGUGGCCUGGAGCUGAAUGGUAAUCUUAACUCUGAACUGGAACAGUUAGUGGAAAAGGAGAGGGCAUGUCUGCUGCAGGACAGCUUGCUGUGGGGCCUGCUGGACGACCAGGCCCUCAGACACUGCCUGGACAUUGCAAUGGAAAACAGCACACCCGGAAAGAUUAAAGUCUUGGAGGCUCUUUCCAAUGAUGGCCAGCUCUUCUCUCGUGUGGUACCACUCCUUAACGUACAGCCCAUGCUGCACGUGGACUACACGGCCACAGCAACCAACUUAGAUCUCCUGACUCCUCACCAGGCCACACUUGACGAGCUGGCAAUCACUUCAGCUCAGUGGGAUACUCUAAAGUGCGCAGCUCCUGGAGGUAUGGCGAGAGGAGCAGACCUAGUCAUAUGUAAUCAUGCCUGGGCCCCUCUAAGGAUGGAUCCUGUACAGCUGGUGGAAAAUCUAUCUUCUGGAGCCAAACAGGGAGGAUUUGUGCUUAUCCACACGCUGCUGAAGGGAGAGACUCUGAGUGAAACGGUGUCUUUCCUCUGCAGCACGGCUCAGAGCAACAGCCAGCAAGGACUACUUACACAGGCGGAGUGGGAAAAGGUCUUCUCUGAGCUCUCCCUCAGUCUGGUGGCUGUCAGGAAGUCCUUUUAUGGCUCGGUCCUCUUUCUGUGUCGCUGUCAAUGUCCCGGCAAACAGCCCACUUUCCUGUCCGUGGACAGCACUGACUACGAGUGGGUGGAAACACUCAAGAUGAAGAUGCAGGAAUCAUCAGACUCUCCAGUGUGGUUGACUGCUUCUCAAGCCAACUGUGGAAUUGUGGGAAUGAUUAACUGCCUGCGGCAGGAGCCAGGUGGACACCUAAUACGCUGUGCAUUUGUGUCCAAUCUGGACGAGUCCUCAGAAGCACCGAGCCUUGAGCCGGCUCAUAAGUCAAUGCAGUCGGUGCUAGAAGGAGACCUGGUUAUGAACGUGUUCAGAGAUGGACACUGGGGUGUCUUCAGGCACCAGCUCAUCACUCGUGAUCAAAAUGAAGAGUUGACGUCGCACGCCUAUGUCAAUGUGUUGACUCGUGGUGACCUGUCCUCACUGCGAUGGAUUACCUCCCCGCGUUCUCCAUCUGUAGCCAACAACUCUACAGUGCAGCACUGUUCGGUAUACUACAGCUCACUCAACUUCAGAGAUAUUAUGCUUGCCACCGGCAAACUGCCACCAGAUGCUAUUCCAGGUGACCUAGCUCUGCAGCACUGCAUGCUGGGCAUGGAGUUUUCAGGGAGAGAGCCCAGUGGUCAACGUGUGAUGGGGCUGCUACCCGCUAAAGGUCUAGCCACAAGUGUGGAUGCUGACAGUCGGUUUCUCUGGGAUGUUCCAUCCAGUUGGACACUGGAGCAGGCUGCCUCCGUGCCAGUGGUCUAUGCUACUGCCUACUACUCUCUGGUGGUGCGUGGGAGACUCCGUCAGGGAGAAAGUGUUCUCAUUCACUCAGGCUCAGGGGGCGUCGGCCAGGCUGCCAUCGCGAUAGCGCUCAGCAAGAAAUGCAAAGUCUUCACCACAGUCGGCUCAGCAGAGAAGCGGGCUUACCUGAAGGAGCGGUUCCCUCAGCUCUCAGCUGAGUCCUUCGCCAACUCCAGAGACAUUUCCUUCGAACAGCACAUCCUGCUCCACACACAGGGCAAAGGUGUGAAUGUGGUGCUGAACUCUCUCGCUGAGGAGAAGCUGCAGGCGAGCGUCCGCUGCCUCGCCCGUCACGGACGAUUCCUGGAGAUCGGCAAAUACGAUUUGUCCAACAACUCUCCACUGGGUAUGGCUCUUUUCCUGAAGAAUGUAGCUUUCCACGGCAUUCUGCUGGAUGCUCUCUUUGAAGAGGGGAACCAGGAGUGGGAGGAAGUGUCCCAGCACCUGAAGGAAGGCAUUACGGGUGGUGUAGUUCAGCCUCUAAAGACCACAGUGUUCGAGAGGGACCAGGUGGAGGCAGCAUUCAGAUACAUGGCUCAGGGCAAACACAUUGGCAAGGUCCUCCUGCAGGUGCGUCAAGAGGAAAGCGGUGCAGAAGUCCAAGCUGCUUCCCCUUUGUCUCUCCCAGCUAUCUGCCGCACUUUCUGUGUCCCCUCCCACUCGUACAUCAUCACUGGUGGACUCGGGGGCUUUGGUCUGGAGCUCGCACAGUGGCUGAUUGAGAGAGGAGCCCACAAAUUGGUGCUGACAUCCAGAUCAGGCAUCAGGAAUGGAUACCAGGCAAAGCGUGUACGUGAAUGGCAGAGUCAAGAUGUGGAGGUGCUGGUGUCGACCAACGAUGUCACCACGCUGGCUGGAACCGAGAAACUCAUCGCAGAAGCUGCUGCACUAGGACCUGUUGGCGGUGUCUUCCACUUAGCCAUGGUGUUGAAAGAUGGCAUGUUGGAGAAUCUGACCUCUCAGCACUUCCUUGAUGUCAACAAACCAAAAUAUGAUGGCACCGUAAACUUGGACAGGAUGACAAGAAAGUUGUGUCCAGACCUCAGGUAUUUCGUAGCCUUCUCCUCAGUCAGCUGCGGGCGCGGCAACGCCGGGCAAAGCAACUACGGUUAUGCCAACUCCGCAAUGGAACGUGUGUGUGAAAAGCGCCGUUACGAUGGUCUUCCUGGUCUGGCAGUUCAGUGGGGUGCCAUCGGUGAUGUAGGGGUGAUUCUGGAGACCAUGGGUGGCAACGACACAGUGAUCGGUGGCACCCUGCCACAGCGUAUCGCGUCCUGCAUGGAGGUGCUGGACCGCUUCCUGUGCCAGCAUCAGCCAGUGAUGUCUAGUUUUGUACUGGCAGAGAGGCUGGUGGUGAAGAGCGAGGCAGGAAACCAGAGGGACCUGGUGGAUGCGGUGGCUCACAUUCUGGGUGUACGGGAUGUGAACAGCCUGAACGCAGAUGCAUCACUGGCUGAUCUAGGCCUGGACUCCCUGAUGGGUGUGGAGGUUCGCCAGACUCUGGAGCGUGACUACGACAUCGUCAUGGCCAUGAGGGAGAUUCGCCAGCUCACCAUCAACAAGCUGCGAGAGCUGGCCAAUUGCAAGCCAGGAGGAACAAAGGAAUCUAAACAAGGUCCAGCUAAGCAGGAUAGCAUUCGCUCCCUGCUCGAGUCUGAUCUAACCCAGCUGUUGGUAAACCCUGAUGGUCCCACGGUGACGCCGCUCAACAAGGUUCAGAGCAAAGAGAAACCCCUGUUCCUCGUCCAUCCGAUCGAAGGCUCCAUUACCGCCUUUAAUACGCUCACCUCCAAGCUCCCCGUGCCUUGCUAUGGUUUACAAUGCACAAAAGCUGCUCCUCUGGACAGCAUUCAGUCCCUGGCAGCCUACUAUGUGACCUGUAUCAGACAAGUUCAGCCAGAAGGGCCGUACCGAAUCGCUGGCUACUCCUUUGGCGCGUGUGUGGCAUUUGAAAUGUGCUCUCAGCUGCAGAACCACAAUCAGUCCGUGGAGUAUCUCUUCCUGUUCGAUGGAUCGCACUCCUAUGUGGCAGCAUACACACAGAGUUACAGAGCUAAGCUGACACCUGGGAAAGAGUCCGAAGCCGAGACUGAAGCUCUGUGUGCCUUCAUCCAGCAGUUCACUGGCAUCGAGUACAACAAGCUUCUGGAGACUCUUCUCCCGCUGUCGGACCUGGAGGCCCGUGUCAACAUGGCGGUGGACUUGAUCACGUCCAGCCACAAGAACAUCAGCCGAGACUCUCUGCACUUUGCAGCCACGACCUUCUACUACAAGCUUAAGGCAGCCGAUUGUUAUGUGCCCGCGACGAAAUACCGUGGCAAUGUGACAUUAAUGCGUGCCAAAACCAACAGUGAAUAUGAACAAAACCUGGGAGCUGACUACAAACUUGGCGAGGUGUGUGACGGCAAUGUUUCGGUCCAUGUCAUUGAAGGGGAUCACCGCAGCUUCCUGGAAGGAGAGGGCGUGGAGUCCAUCAGCAGCAUCAUCCACAGUUCACUGGCUGAGCAGAGGGUCAUGGCGAGGGAGGGCUAGAUGCACCUGAUCCAACCCUCAACCUUCACACUUAAACCCACAACAUUCCCAGAACCAACCUCUUCUAUUUAGUUUACAUUGUAGCUUUACCUUGUAAAUUAGGUCAUAGAACAAGUUUAAAAAAAAAAAAGUCAUUGGAUACCGCAUGUCUAACAUCCCAAAUGCACCUUAUUGCUCGUUCUAGCACCUUUUUUAAAAUAGCAAUGGUCAAAGCGCACACUGUCCUUAAUUUAUCCGAGCUCUACGUUGCCACCUGCCUAUUGUGUUUAUAGAAUAGAUGCUGUUAUAUUUAGUAGGACUCCCCUAAAGACCACACUGGUCUCUAAAAGCGAUGGGUUUGGAGAGCGUUGUGAAAAGACUGUUUUAAAAUUUGGUGUAUUCUAAAGUGUUAUUUUUGUCUAUAUUUUGAAAUACCAAGAAUUUUGAACACUUGUAAAACCCCCGUAUACCCUGACACUAAUAUUACACAUGCAUGUGUGUAACCUCCACCACUGUCAAGUUAUUGGACCUUAAAAUGUCUUUGCUGCGUAACACGGAGCACCUUGGUCGGUGUGCAAGUCAGUCAGUCGUAUUCCUGUAAUUUACUGCAGCUUCAAUGCAACAAACGUGCAAAUCGUGUUAUCUCUAAUGUGAUGUUUAUGAAAUAGCAAACCAGCUAGCAAGUGCCACUUAGUUGAUAACCUCUCAUCUUAAGUGUUGACCGAGGGUAAAAUUAUCUUUAUGCUGCAUUGCUGAUAUGAAAUAUUAUAGAAAAAUAGAGCUGACACUCAUAGACUUCUGAAAAAAUUGUUUACACGUAACCUGACUUGUGAAACGAGACUUGUGUUGUUACUCUGAUUGACAUUUACCAGUGAUAGAGUCAUAGUGAAGUACUGAACAAGUUUAGUACAGAAAUGUCUCGCUUGAUUAUGUUUCUUUCCCGAAUCUGUGCUCAGUUUGUAAAGGCACCUGUUGCAUGUGGACGUAAUUGUUCUGAACAACAGGCCACUGAGUAGCUACGGGACCCUAACUGUCUUGGGAUCAUGGCUGAAUGGCUAUUUCCUCCUAAUACUGUCUCUGACUCCUAUGACCUCUGCUGCCUUUUUUUAACCCCCAGUUAGCUGUUUUGUUUCUGCAUAUAACAUCAGUUAGAUGGACUUCUGAGACCUUAGUUCUGGUCUGUGAAGAGUCCGGCGACUUGAAGCAAUUGUGGUGACUGAUUGCAUUGUGAAAAGGAGAAGGAAGUGACAGUAUAUGGUUUAUACAACUCUCUUUGUUUUGUGUAAUUGCCAGUAUGUAUUUUUACAACUAAUAAAUAUAUCUCACUAAGUA